AUGGCCCAGAGAAAGAAGAAACCGACGAAGAAGAAGAGACACACAGCCAACAGAGAGCCGGAGACUGACUCUGACAGCGGAGACUUUGAGCUGGCUGCCGAAGUUAAGGACGAUGAUUCUCCAGGGAGGAAACUGCCGCGGUUCCCCGCCUCAUCAGACUGCCUGUCAGAUGUGGAACCUGACACCAGGGAGCUGGUCAGAGCCCAAAACAAGAAGAAAAAAAAGUCUGGAGGCUUUCAGUCCAUGGGUCUCAGUUACCCUGUAUACAAAGGGGUCAUGAAGAAAGGUUACAAAGUCCCAACUCCAAUCCAAAGAAAGACUAUCCCAUUGAUUUUGGAUGGCAAAGACAUAGUAGCCAUGGCCAGGACUGGCAGUGGUAAGACAGCUGCCUUCUUGGUUCCUAUGUUUGAGAAGCUGAAGGCCCCUCAAGCCCAAACAGGAGCCAGGGCCCUCAUCCUGACCCCCACCAGAGAGUUGGCCCUGCAGACCAUGAAGUUCACAAAAGAGUUGGGAAAAUUCACUGGCCUCAAGACUGCCUUGAUCCUUGGUGGAGACAGAAUGGAUGAUCAGUUUGCCGCUCUUCAUGAAAACCCUGACAUAAUCAUCGGCACCCCCGGCCGUCUCAUGCACGUAGCCGCGGAGAUGAACCUGAAGUUGCAGAAUGUGGAGUACGUGGUGUUUGAUGAGGCUGACAGGUUGUUUGAAAUGGGUUUUGCUGAGCAGCUUCAGGAGAUCAUCCGGAGGCUUCCAGACACCAGACAGACUCUGCUGUUCUCUGCCACUCUGCCCAAACUGCUGGUGGAGUUUGCCAGAGCUGGGCUGACGGAACCAGUGCUGAUUCGUUUGGAUGUUGAUUCUAAGCUCAGUGACCAGAUUAAGCUGUCAUUUUUCCAUCUGCGCAUGGACGACAAGCCGGCAAUGCUGCUUCAUCUCCUAAGGAAUGUAGUGAAGCCUCAGGAGCAAACAGUGGUCUUUGCAGCAACCAAACACCACGUAGAGUACCUCAAGGAGCUGCUUUCUUCAGAAGGCUUGGACUGUGCCUACAUCUACAGUGCCCUCGAUCAGACUGCCAGAAAGAUCAACAUAGGGAAAUUUGUGCAUCGGAAAGCCAUGGUGCUAGUUGUGACUGAUGUUGCUGCUCGUGGUAUAGACAUCCCCAUGCUGGACAACGUAAUCAACUACAACUUCCCCUCUAAGGCCAAGCUCUUCUUGCACAGAGUUGGCCGUGUGGGACGUGCGGGUCGCAGUGGCACGGCUUACAGUAUGGUUUGUCCAGAUGAGAUGCCUUUUGUCUAUGACCUUCACCUCUUCUUUGGAAGGCCUGUUCAGUUCGCCACACCUGAACACACACAAGAUUCAGAUGGUGUGUUCGGUCGGGUCCCUCAGAGUAUCCUGGACGACGAAGGCGCUCAUCUCAUCACGGCUCAUGAAAACUCCAUGGACCUGAAAAACCUGCAUCGUAUCUCAGAGAACGCAUACAAGCAGUACCUUAAGUCCCGACCAAACCCCUCACCAGAGUCCAUCAGACGGGUCAAAAACACAGAUCUGUCCAGCAUGGCUGUCCAUCCCUUACUAGGGUCAGGUUUGGAGAAAAUGGAACUGGUGCGCCUUCAAAUAGUUGAUUCCAUCAAGGGCUACAAAUCCAAAUCGACUAUCUUUGAAAUCAACUCCAACAGUAAGACACCGGCCAGUGAGGUGAUGCGGGCCAAACGUUCCAAGGACACACGGUUGGUGGACAAAUUCAGCAAACAGAGAGACGACCUGGCUGCAGAGAGCUGCCUGCAUCAGCCUGUCAAUUCUACCGCCACUGACGACGAUUUCACACACACCACAGGCAAGGAGGCGGACUCUCUAAAGGGGGUGUUCUCUGCAGUGGUAGGUAGCAAGAGAAGUGGCUGGCAGGCAGAUGAAAUAGAUCGGCCCAAGAACAAGAAAAGCAGACAGACGGGUAAAGAUGAGGAGUAUUACAUCCCCUACAGACCCAAAGACUUUAACUCUGAGAGAGGGUUGAGUCUUAGCGGAGAGGGCAGUGCUUUUGAACAGCAGGCCUCCUCAGCUGUCCUGGACCUCAUGGGAGAUGAGGGAGACAAGUUCAACCAGCACAAAAAAAUAAUGAAAUGGGACCGUAAGAAGAAGCGCUUCGUGAGAGAAUUGGGAAAGGAAGACCAGAGGAAGAAGAUCAAAACAGAUGGUGGUCAGGUCAUCAGUAACAAGAAGAACAAGAAGAACUUUUAUGAAGAGUGGAAGAAAAAAUACAGGAUUGAUGAUGGAGGGUCUGGCUCAGAUGGAGAAACGGGAGGAAGAGGAAGAGGAGGAGGAGGGAGGAAGCCAGCAGGAGGUCGCGGCCGUGGUCGUCGCGGUCCUAACUUCCAGAGCCCCGUGGGACCCCAGCAGACGCCCGGUGGCUGCAGGGCGCGCUCAGAGCUGAAGACGAGAGAGCAGAUCCUGAAGCAGCGCAAGACAAAGCAGAAGCACCAGUUCCUGCAGAGCGGGGGGCUGAAGAAGCUUCGGUCCAAGAACAAACAGUGGCUCGGAGAAGUUAAGAAGUCAGGGUUUGGACGGGGCGGACAAAAGAAGGGCAAGAUGAAAAAGAGACUGUGAGGAGGACACGGAGAGAGAGUGAUCGCAGAGGGACGAUUCUGUGAGAGACUGGAGAUCAAGGGCACCACGAGGGACUGAAUCAUAACCACCAGUUUUGUCCCAAUCCAUCACAAGAGUUUCAUGAUAUCUAGUAUGAUUGUGGAUUGAAGGAGAAGAGGAGUUGAGGAAAGCAUUUGUAGAGAUGCACCUCUUCCUUUUCUCCUCCUCACUUACUGAGCUCUGUAUUUGUCACAGAGUAAGUAAGUAAAAGAAUGAUCCAAUGAACUGAAUUUUCUUCUUUUAAGUGUGUUUGGCAGAAUAAUCUGUUUAAAGGAAUUUGAGUAUUGAUAUAUGCCUACACCAGUUAUUAACGGAUGGCAAAAUACAAAUCUGAAUAAGGCAA